GACGAUCGGAUUUAGCCAUUUCUGCGAGAGCAGUUGGGGUGAACUACGUUAACAAUACGUUUCGAUGAAAAAUGUUUCUCUAAAUUUGCUGCAACAAAGAUAGUUAUACUUGUUUACUAGUGGUAAGGCAGGAAGGCUGUGAGGACUGGAGACAUGGCGCUACUAUGAGACGAAGUAAAUUGGAAAUAUGGCGUCGUUUGGCAAGGGUAUGUGGAAUGCAGGAUGUUUAGAAACGGCUUUUUCGUCCUGCAAAGGAAAACCAGUUCUUGCAGUGUAUAAGGGCCUUGAACACGCAUUAACUGAUCCAAACAAGCAAUAUCGUGACAAAGUAAAUGCCCUGUUAUCAGCCUGGGAACAUGUCUGUGCACUGCUACAAAAUUCCACUGCAGAAGUCAAAAAUAGUAUGAUCCAAUGGAUAGUCAGGCACACCGUGAAUGUUGUUCUACGCAAGCAGUGGCCUGGAAGUUCAAGAGCUACAAAAACACAUUUGAUUGUUAGCUUGAAGAGAUGUUCAUCGUUACUCACGGGAUCUGAUGCUCACAUGUGCCAUAUUCUUUCUGAAAUGGUGAACAAGCCAUGGGCUCAUCCUUUACUGCGAAAAGUCAUGGAAGAGUCUGAGUGUAUCACUGAAGAGGAAGCCCUUAAUUUUUGUAAAUAUGAAACUUCAUGCAUAGUUAUAAUGAGACUGCAGAUAUUGGUUGAAGAAGGAUUGUCGGAGUACUCAACUUUCAAAUAUGCUGAGUUUGUAGCAGCAUGUUUAUCAUUUCAUGAUCCAUCAUGGGCAGAAGAUGCACCUGAGGAGGACACCAUGUUUGUUCAUUACACGUACCUGGUCCUGCUUUUAAAAUUCAGGAAGAGUGAUAACUUACUUGAUUAUAUCAGAAUAAUGAACCUGAAUGAAGGAUUGAAGUUUAUGAAAAGUCUGACAAGGAUAAAGAGUAUAGUUCCAUGUUCAGAAUGGCCGGGACUGUGCAAAAAUGUAGCAAAAUUUGCUGCUAAGUAUUUUUUGAGUUUGGCGUUAAGAACGCCAGAAUGUGAAAAUAUGUUGUUAAAAGAUGUUGCAAGUGAGUUUGUGUUGUGUUGUGAAAUGGACUUCCAGUUUGUAUGUGACCAUAUGAGACUCAUGCCCCAUCUUGCCGCUACUGUGACACACAUGUAUAUAUUGUGUGAAGUUCUGGAGGAGAAGUUUGGUGCGAUAGCGAAGUCCUUCUGUGUGCAAGGAUUCAUAAGACGCCUAUUUUCUGAAAUAGGCACAAUUGAAGAGCUACAAACAACACGUCAAGAGGAAGGGGACUCUCAAGAAAAACGUGACUUGCUUUCCGAUUUGCAGUGUAUGUUGUCUGAUGGAUAUUUGAAACUGGGUCACUUGCUGCGAGAGAACUUGAAUGUCUACAAGGAGUGUGUGCUAACAGCGUUCUCAUUAAACCCUACAGAGGAUUUAUACCACCAUUUACAUAGCCUUGCCUCUUUAAGUAGUAAAUGUAUUUCUGAUGAAAAUAAAUGUACAGAAAUCGUAGAGCAGCCUCUGGUUCAAGACUGCACCAUUACAAAGCUGCCUAUUAAUGAACACUUAGAAGAAACAAAUGAAAGUAAUUAUGCUGGCAAUACAGACUUUGAAUAUAUGAAUAUGCCAUCAACGUCAUCUGCUGUGUUCCCUAAGUAUCAAAUAAGGCCACAGACAAGGCAUACAGCUUCACGUGGGGAUAUACCCAUUGCCACUUCAUCUUUAGUAACUGUAAGGUGCAGAUUGAAAGAGGAUGACAAGAGAGACUUGGGAGCAUUGUAUGCAAUGAGUGGAAACCUAUUUACUAGUGCAGAGAACUAUGAUCCCUAUAGUGCCCCAAACCAUGUGUUAGAUGCAGGAGAAUUCAAGUUCUCUAGAACUGUACUUCAUGAUUUAGUAUCUGUGUUAAACAAUCCACGAAACAAACAGCUUAGUUGGGCAGAGGGUUGGGCUCAGCUAAGCAGGAAUUGUCUGGAAUACUUAAGAAACAGAGAGACACGAAAUUGCAUUAAGGAACUGAAAUUUCUGGAAAUUGAUUAUGAGAAAUACCGUGACUGGCCAAGAUUGUGUGACUAUGGAGGUAUAGAGAAGGGAUAUGAACAGUGGGCAGAUGUCAGUAAUGAUUCAGAACAACUUUGUAUUACAAGUAAUUACAAACAUAGAUCUUCAGAGUUAACUGUAGAUUCCUGUAUAGAUUCGGCAACACAGGAUAGUGUAGAUACUGUAUUUACAUUAAAACCAGUCCGGAAACGAAAAGUGAAGAAACCUGGAAAAUCCCCACAAAAAGGAAAGAGGGGAAGAAAAAGUACAAAUGUCACACAUAGCAGUGUUAAAAGUAUUGUUUCACAAGGUCCCAUAACUGGCUUCUCGGAUUGCACUCAGGACAGCCAAAUUGAGGACAACAAUGAAAGAAAGAUUGCAGCAAAGAUUUGUAAGGAUAAAUGUAUUAGGAAGUUUACAUACAGGAGGAAGAGGUGUAAGACUGUGGAAGAAAUAUCUACACUAGAAACAGACUGGCCACAGCAAACUGAGGUUAGAGGCAGUUUUAAAAAGACAGUUAAUAAAAAGUUUACUAGGAAAUCUAGCAAAUGUUUGAAGCGUGUGAAAAGCUUAGAACAUGCUUCUCCAAUAGAAACAGACUGCACAAGUGAUGAAGUGACAUCUGUUGGACCAGAUAUCUGGAAAAGAGGUUAUAAGAAUUUAGACAAAAAUAUGUAUAUGAAAAACCCUGAACUUUCCUUGUUAGAAGUAGAUGAGGUACCAAAUAUUCAGGCUAGUACUUCAGUGAAGAGUUAUAAGAAGAAAUAUGUUAAAAAGUCACGCAAAUCUAGAAAGCAUUGGAAGAAUUUGGUUGAAACAGACUGCUCACAUUAUAGUGACAUUGAUGAAAAUAGUAUUCCUAAGGUUGCAACAAAGCGCCCCAAAAGAAAGUGUGUUAGAACAUUGAAAAAAUCUACCAAACGAUUGAAAAAUAUGGAAGAGGAUUCAGUUCUUGAAACUGACUGUACAAGUGAUGAGGUGACCCACCUAAAUUACCAGCCAGACGUUUAUGUGAGUGAAGGUGAAAAUGUUUCUGAAAGAUCUAUACAUGUGCAGAAUUUUGAAGACAUUUCUAUUGGAUCAAAUGGUGCUCAGAAUAGUCGAUAUGAGAUUAGAACUGCAGAAGAUUCAGCAGGAAAUGUUCUUGAUAGGGGGCCAGCCAAAUAUUGGAGUACUUUCAAUAAAAUACCUGAGAUGGAUACAGGUUGUACACAAGGCAGUGAAGGUGAGCAAAGACCUGGAGUGGUGACUGCAACACAAACUAUACAAAGAGAGAAGAUUAUUACUAAAUCCACAAAGCAAAGAAAAGAUUUAGAAAAAGAUUCUGUAUUGUAUUCAACAUGGGGACAUAACACUCAAGCUGAAGAAGACAUUGUUAGAAAGACUCAAACAAAGGCACAGAAGAGAAAGUCAGAUAAAAGUGAUGUCUGUUCUAAGACUGUAGAAGAAAAAAUUCUAGUGAAUUCAGAUUGCAGGGUUGAUAGUUGUGUUGAUGGCAACUUGGAGGGUGUGCAAGGAUCGAAAAUUUGUGAGAGCCACAAAAGUGUAAGAACAAGUGGAAAAUGUGUUGCCGAUAUUAAGGAUUUCCAAGGAAAUUCUUUGUUGUUCUCAAAUUACACACAAAAAAGUGUGGCUGAAGCUACUACUGUGGGAGAGAUUGCAGCAAAUACUUGUAAAAGGAAAUAUCUUGGGAAAGUAGAGCAACAGACAAUGGGUGUAAAGAAUUUUGAUGUAAAAUUAUUGUCAGACAAUCAAACUGAAGAAAGAAAUUUGGUGGGUACCACAUCCAAAACUCAUCAUAGAAAAUAUGCAAAGAAGACUGAGAAACGUGCAGAACCUGUUAUGGACUUUGAAGAAAAAGCUGUGUUAGACUUUGGAGGUGUUGCAGAGCCAUCCCUUGAAGGUUCUGCAUUUUUUGCGUAUGAUUCAGACACACAAGAUGAAAAGAGUGCUGCUAACGUAUUUAACAUGGAAUGUGAUGUGAUGAGGAAGAAAGAAGGUAUUGUCAGAGGCCUUAAGAAGAAGAAAUUACCUCCAGAGAAGAUCACAGAAGUUUCUGCUUUCAGCAGCACAGUACACGAUCGUAAUAAUGAUGAUGUGGGACCACCUAUUAGUUCUGUCUGUGAAACAGACUUUUCUUCACUUGGGAAGCAGGUAAAUCCUCUUUCACCAAGUGUGGGGCAGCUGAAUCCGGAACCAUCUAGUGGGAUACUAUUUCAUCCUGAUUUAAAAACACAGUCCUUUAUCCCUCCAUUUAAGAAGGCCAGUGAGCCAGAAGUUUUGCAGUCAUUACGCAAAUUCAGACCAAAAAGCACAAACAGAUCAUUAGAAGAAAGUAUCUUUUCUCCAAAUAUGAUUGGUGAUGGAACGAGAAUGUUGUUUCGUGAGGGUAAAAUUUAUUAUACUGAAUUCGCACCAAUGUUAAGUACACUGAACCUUAAUCCACAUGUUGUACUUGAAGACAUAGCAACAGUUUUGAAUUCAAGAGAAUGUGGUGGACCGUUUGAUACAUCUCAGCAGACAAAAAACUCUAGUGUGUUUUCUGAAAAAAACAGUAGCAGUCCUAAGAAGAGUCAUAGUACAAAAUUUACACCACCACCACAGUCCAAGAAAACAUAUAGCUCCUGCACUGGACUAAAAAAAAAGCCCAAUCGUAAACUGACUGACAGGGAAAUACUUGCCAAUAGUGUUCCUGGUUUAAAUAGUCUUGAAAUGAUUGUACCUCCAUUCCAGGAGCCAACAGUGCAAGUUGUUCAGUUGCCAAGAAACCAUCCUUCAGGUAAUGCAUCAAAUAAUGAUACUAGUUCACUUCCUACUAAAGUGAACCAAAAAAUUGAGAACAGCUCCAACACCAGUGGAACAAGUCACAUAGAAGCAGCCUCAACAUCCGUAUCUCAAGAUCCAGCUUCACAGCAGUCACAAAUUGCAAUAAACUCUGAAGAAAGCAGAACCUCUCAGAAUUUGCCAUCCAGUUUCUCAGCUCAAAGUAACUCACUAGCAUCACAUAAUGAAAAACAAAGAAGUUCGCAGUUAGAAGUGAAAUACUUAACAAAAGCAAGUGACGUUAAUGAAAUAUUACGCAGUACGCUUACAGACUGCUCGUCGCAGAGUCCACCGACAUCUGCUGUUGCACCAUCACUAAAUUCAUCAGGACCUGUUAAACAUAAAAUUAAAUCGCAAAGUGAAGUGAAGUAUCUAACAACAACAAGUGAAGUAAAUGAAGUACUUCGUAGUGUAAUUGCAGAAAACAGUCAGGGUCCGAUGUCCAAUUCGACACAUAUCAUGGGAUUGGUGAAGCAGAAGCCUAACACCAGAGCGGAGGCGAGGUUACUUGCUGCGUACGAAACAGCAAGAAGUAUUACGGCAAAGAAAGCCACAGAAGGUAGUACAUCUCUAGGAGGAAGAGGCAGUAUACUGAGCACACUGCAGGUUCCACCUUCCAAAGGAGUUGUUGAUAUUAGUAUGCUUUCCAGUCUUAUUUCUUCUGGCACUCACCGAUACUUGGAAAAUUACCCUUCCAAAAAGGAAUCUUCUAAACCCCCAACAAAGUUAAAUUCACGCUCACAGAGUUCAAGAGUUUGUGUAUCUUCUUGUGAUAGCUCUCGUGCACAUAAUCUGCAAAGCCAUACGCAGAACUCUGCCAUCAUCAGAAGUGCACACACUGCUCAGUCAGAUGAACAAAUCCCUGAACGGAUGUCUGUCCUUGAGGAAAGGUUAAAAAAAAGUUCUGUUGCUAGUGUAGCUGUUAAGUGUGAUACUACUAACCAAAGUGAAACACCAGUUUGUGCUUCACAGGUUGCAACUUUACCAAAAUUUCAACAAGCAUUUGGAAAGUCUAUAUAUAAUCAGACAGGCAGCAGUGGCAGUGGUGCUGGUGGCAGCAACAGUAACAGCAGUACCAGCAGCAGCAGCAGCAGCAACAACAACAACAACAACAACAAAAACAACAACAACAACAACAACAACAAUAGCAGCAGCGGGGGUGGUGGCAGUGAUGGGAAUGGUGGAGGUCGUGGUGGUGGGGGUAGUAAUAGCGGCAGUGGCGGCGGGGGUGGUGGUGGUGGUGGUGGUGGUGGUGGUGGUGGUGGUGGUGGUGGUGGCAGCGGCGGCGGCGGUGGCGGUAGUAGUGGAGGCAGCAGCGGUGGAGGCGACGGUGGAGGAGGCGGCAGCAGCAGCAGCAGCAGCGGCGGUGGUGGUGGUGGCGGCAGCAGCAGCAGCAGUGGUGGUGGAGGUGGUGGUGGAGGUGGAGGUGGAAGUGGAAGUGGGGGUGGUGGUGGCGGUGGCGGCGGUGGUGGAGGAGGAACUGGCAAUGGAAAUAGUGGAAGCACUGGUAGCAACAAUGGUGGCAGAGGCCACUGCAACAGCAGCAGCAGCAGCAGCAGCAACAACAAUGGCAGCAGCAGCAGCAGUAGUAACACCUGUAGCAGCAGUGGCAGCACCAACAGCAGUAGUAGUCGCUGUAAUGGCAGUGGUACCAACAACAGUGCUGUAGAAAAUGGAGCUACUGAGCCUGCUACCACUGUAUCUCACACAGAAGAUGUGCAUAGUACUCAUGGCAUUGCUGGAGGCUCGCAGAAAAGUGAUUCAGAGCUGCAGUCCAUACCCAAAUCAUCAGUAAGUACACUUCAUUCAAAGGCAGUACAGACAACAAGCAUUAGUACUUUGGUGUCACUUUCAAAUCCAGUUUCAUCAGCUUUGCAAGCUGACUCUCUAAAUGUCUUGAUGACUACAGCUCUACACCUUAAUACAGCAUCUGUUCCUCAUGAAGGUUCUUUGCAAAAGUCACUUGCUACCUCAUUUAAAAGGGCAACUAGAUCAUCUGUCCAAGCAGGACAGUGCCCGUCGUAUGACAUGCACCGUACAAAUGCCUCUGCUGUUACAGACAACCCUAUAUCUGGAAAUUUAGAUGGGAUAUCUAGUCAUACCUCAGAUAGUAACAAUGUGACACACAAAAAUUCUCUGCCAGCCUCCCGGUCGUCUCAGGUACCGACCACAACUGAUAGUACCAGUGCUCCUACACAAAAUCCAGUACUUGCUGUCACCAAAGAUAGUAUUAUUAGAAGUAAUAAGAAUGCAUUACUGGCUGCUGCGCUGCAAUCAACCACACCCCUUAGACGAUCUUCUGUGAGUAGUGGUACGUCUUCCAGUUUGACCAGUAACAUAGAACAAGCUGCCAACAUGUGCAUUGCUGAAAGCUCUUCUUCAGAAGAUGAAGCGACAGAUGUUGGAACUCAGACUCAUAUUUCUUCAGUACAGCAGACCCAGAGACUAUCUGUUAAUGAACUUCGCAAGACUACUUCAAAACCUUUGUUGCAAACAUCUCACAAUUUAAGACCUGUUCUACAUAUUCCCAACAGUAAUCUUGUUGGAGCAGCUAAUGUUACUGAAUUAACCAAUUCAGUUUCAUCGCCUUUAAGACAGCAGCAGAUUGUCCAUUCUUUGUUAGGUCCUAGUCCCUCUGCUGUCACAAGGCUUCCACCGCAGAAUGUGGCAGCAACUGAUGCAUUAAUAAGCCACAGUGCAAUCGAGCCAUCUGUAAGCUCAACAACACUGGAACAGCUGAGAGAAUUUGAGUCUGUUUUAGAGCAAGUUACAAACACGUCACAAAUGAAGGAGCGGAGCACUGCUGUGACUCAGAAUCAGCCGGACCUAAUUAAUGAAGAUCUUCUUUCUCAGUCAUCAAGCACGGUUGAAACGUCUUCGGAUUUCCCAAGUGCACCAAAUGAUGGUUCAUUCUCACAAGAUUCUUAUCCAUCAACUACAAUUACAACCCCACCAAGAGUUGGUAUAACUUUUGUUGCUCAGUCUCCACUUCGAUCGUCAAGCAUUGCUGGAACGAGUGGAAAGAUUGCAUCUCCUGUAGUUGUAGUUACCAGUUACUGUCAGCCAGUUACAUCACCAGCUUUAAGUGUGACUUCACAGAGUUCUUCUAGUCCUUGUGUGACACCUGCACCAAAUCCUUCCAUAUCAAAUGGAAAACCACCACCAAAAUCCUCAAAAUCCAAAACUAAAUCUGUUAAGUCAAGCCCGUCAACGACAAAUUCUAAAUCUUCACCAGUUCCUAAACCACAGCAGAAACCUCAAGAAGAUGAAGUUACGGCUCAGCGUAUUUAUGCAAUACUUGAUGAAUAUGCAGAACAGCUUAGAAAUUCUCCAGAUUUGAAUAACAAACCUGCACCUCGCAGAAGAUCAAAUCCACCUACCAACCCAAGCCAGUCUUCAAAGCGAAAGAAGUCUUCCCAAAACAAAUCAAAACUUCUUGGGCAGCAGUCAUCUUCAUCAGCACCUGACAUGAGUCCUGGCACAGACGACCCAAGAACUAUGGGAAGUGAAGAUAGUUCUAGUGGUAUAAUGCAGCUUUCUCAUAUUCAGGAUUCACCAGCUUCAUCCGCCCAAGCAAGUGAUGAACCAGCAAGUUUAAGAUCUACUUCCACAGAAGCAUCUUCCGAAUCCUGCAAGCCAAUUGUUUCGGAAUCGGGUGAAAAUCAAGACUCUCGCCAACAACCACGUUUAAUUUUUGCUGAAGCAGCAGGUCGUCAGGGAAGAGCAGUAUCUGUUCAGGAUGACAUUCAGUCUGCUGAGGUUGCUGUCUCUGGUAGUGCAACUGUUGUUGCAGGAAAAUCAGUAAUGGUGGGAAGCACAGCAGUACCAUUGUAUGUGCCAGGAAAUGUCCGUCAGGUGUUUCUACCUGUGACUCCAGGAUUGGCUGCACAUGUUCAAGGUCGACCAAUGGUUGUAUCGAAAGGAUCAAAAUUUAUAAGAGUUCAUCAAGUAACAGUCCCAGCUGGACCACUUCACCUCCACCAAGUGCCGGUCGUGGUGCGCCAGAUGUGCGUCAAUAAGCAGUCAUCAACUGUUGGUGCUUCAGUAUCUGUACUUACCCAGCCAUCUGUCAAACAGGUUAAGCGUCCACCUGCAAAUACUUCUCCAGAAGCUUUAUCAGGAGGUUUGGCACAGUCUUCUGUUCUACACCAGUUAAGCAGUCAGCAGCAAACAUCUGUUUCUGAUGUAUCUUCGAGUGCUACUCAAAGCUUAUCUUUUCCAGAGUCGAGUCUGGAUAGUGUAGGCACUACUAUUGCAGACACUGUUAUAAAAACUGAACCUAAUGAUGAUACCUCAUCAGUUUCAGAAGGCCAUAUAAUGUGCGAAGGUAGUCAGAACAGCCUACUUGAGACAAUAACAUCUGCUGCUAGUGAUGCUACUGCUCUAACGUCUCCAGCAACUACGUCUUCUGGUGUCAUAGCUACCACUACUUCUUCAGGACCGGGUGUAAACAUUUCCAGUGUUAUUUCAGCACCUGAAGAUAAACUGUAUCAAAGCUCUGAACACAGCACAGUAAAUGUGAAAGUAGAACCUCCAGAUCUGUCUAAUAACAGUAAUGAAGAUCAGAAUGAAGAAAACCAACUGUGCAACAAUCACGAAGAAAGGUCUGUGUUUCGACGAACUUAUGCAAUUGUAAUUAAUCCACCAAUCGAUGUGCAGAAUUCACGAGUAAAUAGGACUAUGCAACGUUUGAAUAUUGGCUUUACCAGACAUUCCACAGUAACUUCUAGGAAUGGUAACCAACCAGAAGCACUGAACAAAGAUUUUGCACCAAGCAGAAAGCCUCUUAAGACGGAAGCUGAUAGUAUGCUUAAUUCUGAAUCUGAGAGUUCUGAAUAUCAUUCGGAUAAUGCUCUUGCAACACAACUUAAUCAUUUCUCAAAACACAGUGGCAGCUUGACAGAAAAUGGUGAAUCUGGACAUUCUGUGAACAGUGUGUUGAACUGUCCACUACCUUCAGCAUUGCCAGAUUCAACAUACCAUUUGAGGAAAUUGGGUAAAAGCAGAGAAAGCAGCCAGCCAGCUGGAGGAUUCCAGAGCUCUACUCAAAAUACAAUUUGCACAAGUCCAUUAGAUGUGUUUCCAACUGAAAGUGCAACUAGCAUUCUAGAAGACUGCCCACCAAGAACUAUAGAGGAGAAUGGUUGUAGUGACAGUUUAUCAUCUUCUGAACCAAGUUUAACACAUACACUACUUUGUCGCAGAAACUCUCAGAGCCCUCAGAAGGUAAGCUUACAAUCUGAAGUGGGAAGGAAAAUAAGUCCAUGUGAUAAGAAUGGACCAGCUGAUAUUGAGCUGAAUGCAGCAGUUGAACACAUUGUGUCUGAAAGUUCCAAAAGUGCAAAUGAUCAGACACAAGGAAAAGAAGUUGGUGUGUCGAGUGAAGCUCAGCUAGAUUACUGCAGCGGGCCGUAUUCAUCCAUUAAAAGCCAACUGGACUAUAUUUCUGAUGGACCUUAUAGCAUAUCAAAGAUUGAUGGCUGUGAUACCCCAUGGCGUUUUGUUCCGCUUAUAAGGAAGGUUAAAGUAGCUAUACAACCAGUAACAUUAAAAAAGGAUACAGAAGAAAGUGAACCACUUGUUAGGAAUAUCCAUCUUUCAACUAAUUUGCCAGAAGUGGAAGAUGCAGCAAAUGAACAGCGUGAGUAUCUAACAGAUUCCAAGCUGGCUACAGUUAAUAGGAAGGCAAAUGUGAGUUCAACUGUUCUUACAACUUUCCGGAAAAAUGAUAUUCCCAGUACAAGAGUUGAUAAAAGUCAAGGGAGUGACAGGGUACAGCAGAAAAUAGCUAGAGUUGAGCGAGAGUUAAAACUUCAGAAAAGUCUGUCUGAAGAAUGUGAAGAUUUAGGUGUUGAUGAGCCAAGUACUAGUGAUCUAUUUCCUGAAGCAGAUCUGUUAUUGGAUACGAAUUCAUCACCACCCUUUGAUCAGACACUGCAGGAUACAGCUUGUGGUCAUUGUGUUGAUGGUACAGAAACUUACUCUAAUUCAGCUUUUAAACCCCUCGAAUACUCUUCCAGUAGUCAGGAUGAUUCCCAGAACAGUUGUAUUUCUUCUGAUAUUCAUGAAUCAAACAACAGAUUUCGGCAAGGAAAGAAACGUAAACGUAGUGUCAAUAUUCCUAAUUUUGAUUGGAAGUAUACAGAAAGAAAAACUUUUUGUCACGACAUUGUCAGUAAAAUAUGUCAGAGUUCCCGUGAAACAUCCAGUAUUUACCAUAGUGGAAAUACUAUAAUAAAAGGUACGGGCAGUGGAAUCGGAUCACGAUCGUUGGAGGAUACUAGUGGAGGUUUCAGAGACACUCUGUCAGAUAGUGCACCAAGUAGCAGAUUAAAGCACUCUAGUCCAGGAACAGAUGCUAUCUUGCCUGAUGUCAGCACCUGUAAUACAAAAGAAGUGUCUGAUAAUUUAAUGAAGGAUGCAGUUUGUGGAAAGAAGUUAGAAGGACCAUUGCAGCAAACCCAUCCAUCCAACAGUUGCAUGAAAAGUCAAACAAUUGCCACUGUGAACAAUAAAGGAGAUAUGGUCGCAAGUGCCAGUGAUAGCACUUUUUGUAGCUCAAGUGAAGACAGUGUCACAAUGUUGGAUACGUUCUCAACAAGUAUGAUAGUAUCAUCUCUAGAUGUAACAAUUCCCUCUCCUCUCCCCACAUUGCCAUCUGUCAUACAGUCUAAUGAUAAUUCCCAGGAACCACUUCCAUCUGCAACGGGAACUCAGAAGUACUCGAAUACAUACAGUAAGAGGCCCUCGUGUGAACAGGGCAGUAGUAAGCUACUGAAGCGUGCUCGUCUAAACCAGUCUGAACAGUAUUAUAAUGAACAUAUAGAUUCUCAGGAACGAUGGGAGUCGUCUAGUUCACAAGAGAAAGUUUGCGCUGAUGAUGAAGAUUCGGGAUCUCGUAGCAGGUCAGAAGAACAACCAAAUUCUGAUGUUGAUGUUUUAGAUAUAAGCAAUGAUGCAUUUUCAUCAUCAUCACCGAGAUUCCCUUCCUUAAAUAUUACAAAUAGCACAGGUUCAAGUUCACAGUGUAAUGAAUCUAUAAUCAAGACAUUUGAGUUGAAUGGGAUUGAUAGAAUUUCACUUUCAAGUGCUAGUAUACAAGAGAAGCGGAUAUCUUCAAGGAAACUUGCUGAUCAUAGUGAUUCACAAUGUCACUCCUUAGACAUCAAGAAUAGCAGAAAUGUGGAACACGAUCAUUUCUGUCAUAAACAAAGUGUAAUACAUAUAAAUUCUUCAAAGACGAGAGCUUCGCAGCGUGGUCAUCUGAAGAGAGGCUGUCCAUGCUGUUCACUUUCAUCUCGCUCAUCUAAGAAGAAGAUGGAAGAGAAACCAGGAAAGAAAGGACCUUUGGGAAAGCAAACAAUAAAAGGUUCCUUGCCAAAGAAGAGAUAGUUGAUUUUAAAAACUCAUGUAAAUAGUUGUAAAUUCUGUGAAGAUUUGUAUUUGUUUUCUCAUUGGGUGCGACAGUCACAGAUAGUGAACUGAAAAACUGCCACAGUGUUUGUAUAGAAUUGCUUUUGCAUAUCUUAUGUAAAUAAGUGAGAUAGAUCCUAAUACAUGUUCAUGAAGCAUGAAACACAAAGCCAUAUUCUUUUUAAACUUUUAUUGUUUGCAUUCCCAAUGUUCUGAGUCAGAUAUGCAGUAAUUAUUCAUCCUUAACCUCAGUUUAAGCUAGUCAAUUUUCCUGUUAAUCUGAGGUACUCAGUAUCACUUUCUGCACUGUUAGUACAAAUUUUUAUGGUUAACCAUGCUUAUUCAGUCUUUCAGCAAAGCAGUUGUGUGUUUUCUUGAAAUUGGUAUGUGAGAAACUGCUUGGAGAUGCAAAUAUUCAAUAUGUUAUUUUACAUUCUUUUAUUUUGCAUUUGAUAAAUAUGUUGUGAGAUAAAUUGAUGUUAGCUGUAAGUUGUGUGUGUGUGUGUGUGUGUGUGUGUGUGUGUGUGUGUGUGUGUGUGUGUGUGUGUGUGUUUUACUCAUGUUAUAGAGUUGUGACAAUUUGUGGAUGUGAGAAGAUAUUAGUAUUUUUUUAUUAAAUUUGAUUUAAUGAGUAAUGGGGAAAGUCCUUGCAUUCCUGUAUAUUAAUCAUUAUAUAAUCGCCUGAUGUGUUGAAAUUUGUGAGGUCACUGUUAGAGAAAUGGAAACAGAAUUGAAGUAUGGUUAAAUGAUAUUUGUACAAUUACCGUACAAUAUUAGGUAUGGCUUGUAUCAGUAUUUUAUUUUAUUAAUUUAUUUCAUAUUUGAAAGAGAUUUAUGUAUUCAGACAUUGUAUAAAUGAAGCUUUAUUAAACAUCUCAGAUUUUCCCACAAAGAGAGAAAUCUCUUCACUGUAAUACAGUGUGUCACGUCAGUUAAAAGCUACACUUUAAGAUGAUUUGUCUCUUUCUGACGGUGUACCUUAAGUUUAUGAAAAGAAUUCGUAAUUGAAAUGAAACAUUUCAAAAGCAGGAUCCAGAUGUAAUAAUUUUCAUACACACAUUAUGCUGAAAACGCACAGUUAAUUUCCAAGAGGAGGUGUGGUUUGAUAAUUUAAGUAAGGAAUUUGUGUUGUGUGUGCUAUAGAAAAUACUUUUUAAAAGUUUCCCAAACAUAACAUUCAUCAAGUGCAUUGUUUAGUAUAAUAACGGGAUUGAAUUUUGUUAAACAUUGUCACUCCGUAUAGAUUUACCUGAUUUUUUUUACUGCUGAUGCAAAAGGCAAAGUAUUUAUUGGUUGAGCAACUAUUAUUUAACAUGGAAUAUUUGUAUACAAAUUUGCCACCUCAUUCUCAUGUUGUCGUUUUUCUGUGUGCCUUUUAUGUACUAAAAGAUUAUUCUUCCCCUACAGAUAAACCUAAAGAUAAACAAAAAGUACAACCCCCCCCCCCUCUCUCUCUCUCUCUCUCUCUCUCUCUCUCUCUCUCUCUCUCUCUCUCUCUCUCUCUCUCAUGUGGUUGCUUUCUUUUUGUUUUCGUUGUGUGAUUGUCCAUCCCCCUCUGCUAUCUUCUUACCUCUUUCUCCACUUAUUCUUCCCUCUGAGAGAAGAGAAUCAGUCCAAAACAUCUCUUUAAAUUAUUAAAUAUUACUUACACAGUUACAGUGGCCUUAUUAUUUCCAAAAUUAUUACUUGUGUUUUCAUUUGAGUAAAAUAUGAUUAACAAGUUUGCUCGGUAAAUCUUGUAGAUUAUUAAUUGGAUUUUGUAAACAACCUACUAAAUGCACUUGAGGAUUCAACAAGAGAACUACCAUAACCAUAAUUUGGAAGUAUUAUCCAUAGUAUUAGGCAAUCUUCAUAAUUAUAAAACCUGAAGUACAGCAAAUGAUUUCAGUUGCAAGUUACAUGUUGUAGAUUGAUUUUAUUUCAUAUUAAAAAUUUAUUAUUAGUAUUGAUGUGCAUAGUGAAGUUAAUUUCCAUGCACUUAUAUAUAGUGCCAACGUUGAAGUAAAACAUGCUCAGAAGAAAGUACUUCUAGGUGUACUGUUUUGUUUUGCCUCGAAUCGCGUAAAAAUAUGUCCAUAGUGACAAUGAAAAGAGACCUAGACCUAUGAAGUGCUUAUACAUAACCUGCAGAAAAAGUUAGUAACAACGAGGAAUGUGUAAAAUCUGCUCAAGAAGAUAGGCGCUCUCUCUCUCUCUCUCUCUCUCUCUCUGUGUGUGUGUGUGUGUGUGUGUGUGUGUGUGUGUGUGUGUGUGUGUGUGUGUGUGUCGGGGGUGGGGGUGGGGGGUCAUCAGUGCAAUAUUGAGAGACGUUCCUCAUGAAUGUGAAUUUCCUAUCACCCUAAUAUACUGUUUUUCCAAAAUCUCUGAAGUCUCGUGGGGAUAUCAGAGGAAUGUUUUCAUGAUGAUAUUAGAAAAAUACUGAAAUUAUCAGCCUGUUGUGAUUGUGGUUUAAAUAUGUUUUAUUUACUGUGAAAGUGCCAGUUGAGAGAUCCGUGAAACUUUCUGACAGCUUAAAACUGUGUUCCGGAUCAAAACUAGAACCUGGGACCUUUGCCUUUUACAGGCAAGUGCUCAACCACCUGAGCUCCCAGGCACGACUCAUAACUCAUCCCCACAGCUUUACUUCUUCCAGUACCUCAUCUCCUACCUUCCAUAUUUCACAGGAGUUCUCCUGUGAAACUUGAGGGACUAGUACUCGUGGAAGAAAGAAUAUUGCAGAGACAUUGCUUAGCUACAGCCUGGGGCAUGUUAACAGAAUGAAAUUUUCACUCUGCAAUAGAGUAGGUACUGAUAUGAGACUUUCUAUCAGAUUAAAAUUGUGUGGCGGAUCGAGACUUGAACUCUGGACAAUUACCUUUCGUGAGCAGGUGCUUUGUAGAGCACUUGCCCAUGAAAGGCAAAGGUCCCGAGUACAAGUCUCAGUCCAGCACACAGUUUUAACCUGCUCUUCAGAGUGAAAAUUUCAUUGUGGAAAUGUCCCCCGGGCUUGUGACUAAGCCAUGUCUCCACAGUAUCCUUUCUUCCAGAAAUGCAAGUUUUGCAGGAGAACUCCUGUGAAGUUUGGAAGGUAGGAGAUGUACUGGUGGAAGUAAAGGUGUGGGCACGGGUCGUGUGUCGUGCUUUGGUUUCUCAGUUGGUUGAGCACUUGCCUGCAAAAGGCAAAGGCUCCGAGUUCGAAUCUCGGUCUAGCAAAGUUUUAAUCUGCCAAGAAGUUUCAUAUCAGAAAAAACUCUCACUGCUGUGGAGUGAAAAUUUUAUUCUGAAAAGGUCAUUGUUUAAUUCCUUGAAAGAGUGUUGUUCAAACAUGUCUUACUCUUCAGCAAUUAAAUUUCAGAAUAAAAUGUAAUAUUUAGCAGACGGUUAGAUCAUUCAUCACCUAAAUGAUGCAAGGGAACCACUGUGUUCAUACCUUUACACAAUGUUUCCAGAAAUUCCAUCAUGAAGGAGAGUUACGAAUUAUGGAACCAUUACUCGUCUUAGACCAAUGCAAGUUCCCACCCCCCUCUGCGCCUGAUUUGUUCAUACCACCUCCACUUUGUAGUAAUCAUAAAGGAGUGCAACCUUUUUUCAGAUUUGUGACCAAUGAAGUAUUAAGUGACAUAUACUCACCAUUAAUAGCCAGUGCUGUGUCUGUAUUUGUUUUAAAAAUUACACAUAGGUUGGGCAUACAGUUACAUGCACAAACAAAUUUUAAUGUGAGUUAGUGAGUCGUAGAGAAAAAGAGAGAGUGAGAGAAAAAUAAAAUUAAGAUUUCUGAACAAAGUGCAAUAAAAUGUGGAAAGGAAUAUUAUACAGCAGCAUGGGAGAUAUGCACUGAUGGUGACAAUAUCGCUGUACCUAAUAUUGGAGGAGGAAUUGGUUGUAUAUUACUCAUUAAUUCCACAUAGAUUUUUAAUGUAUGAUUGCAUUGUUUGUAGACACUUGUGAAUGUUGAUUUAGUGUGACCACUAAAAUAAAUGGAUCACAGUUUUUCUGUAGUUCUAAUUAAAAUUAUUUCCUACAUGAAAAUGGCGGGCUGUUCAGAAUCAUGCCUUAAAGAUGCCUGACUAUCUGGCACAGUUACGGGACACUAUAGGCAGCUGCACCUUUCCAGGCGUUACACACACAUUGAGAGAGACCCAGUGAAAAAUGAGAAGUUGCAAAAAAUAAUUUUCAGUUUUAGGAACUGCAGAUACAGUGAGAAUAAGAAGUCUUAUUCCUCACUAAUAUAAGUAGGAAGGCAAUGUACAAUAACAGUUUACGAGAAGUUGGAAGCUGAACUUAUAGAGUACACUGUAAAGUUUGUGAAAACUUAACACCAUGUCCAGGCCAUCUCAUUUUGUAGAACACUAAUAUUAUGAUUUUACAUAUUUUCAGUGCCUAAGAUGAAAUUUCAUCUAUAAUGCUAUGGUAUGACAACAUGUAUGAAGAUGUAAACAAAAUGAGAGUGGAGAAAUUAAAAGAAUUUGUGUGUUAACAAUAUGUAGACAUUAAUACAGGUAUACGCACCAUCUUUUAUUGUAAAUUAGAAAAUUUGCAUCAUUAGUGCAGUGACGAAUAUGUGAAAGAUGAUAUUCUGUUAUUUUUAUUGUAUGCCUCUGAAAAAACGCUGUUACAUUGUCCUUGUAUGGUCUCCUAAGAUGUCAACAGAACGUAAGCAUCACUGUCAGUGUGGCAGCACACACAAAAUAGUGAUAAAAUUUUUCCACAAAAUGCCAUAGACAUGUGAGGGUAUUUUGAAAGUGUUUGUGACCUGCCUCCUCCCCCCCCCCCCCCCCCCUCCCCCCAUCCCUGCUGAAAUUGUGAUUUGAGUAACCUCAUUCAUCCCCAUGAAUAAUUUAUCAUUAUUGCAUCAGAAUGAGAAUUUCAGACAUAAUGGUACCUAAAUCUAGUAUGCCUUUGUACAGUUUGUGCAUUGUGAACAACAUAGUAUUUCAUUCUCAUGGAAAGAAAGAAAUAUGUUCAUCUAGCUCUUCAUGUGAUUUUUGGAUGUGAGAAAGCAACUGCAUAAAUUUCAGUCCAGUGUUAAAUGUUUCAUGUGUGUGUAUUUUUAUUGGUAUCAAGCAUCACAUAUUAAUAAUUUGUACUGUCUGUUGAUUGAAAUUGCACAUUUGUGGGCAGUGCUGUAUUUGCUCUGCAGAGUACUUAACAUAUAACUCUAGUUCUCUUGUAAAUAUUUACAGGAAAUUGUUGUUUGUCAGUCUAUCUUUUCCAGUUGUGAUGAGAGAGGUACUUACUAUUAAAGCGACUGAAAUUCAGGGAAAAUAUUCAUAUGUCCUCUAAUGAAGAAGGAUAAUAGCAGUGGGUUACACACUGUUACGUUUUUCAAAUUACACCAUCAGGCCAAUAUUAUUUUUUUUGUGUAUUAUGGAAUUUAUUGGUUUCCUAACUACAAAAAUAGACUUUUGAGUACCUUGGAGGACCAUCCUUAAUACACGCAAGACGCUUUGCAAAAAAAAAAAAUAUGGUCGUUCCCCAUUUUGCUUACAAAGGUUGUGAUUUAACGAGUAUUCACCGAGAGAUUAGUUACUGACAAAGAUCUCAUUUGAGCAGUAAGAAAGUAGCAUUGAGUUAGGUAUUAGCCUACAUCCGACAUAUGUUAUAGCUGCUUUGUGAUGUCGCUCAUUAUUUUUCUUCUGUCCCUCCCUCCCUCCCUAAAAAAAGGCCCCCUCUCUCCCUUUCUCUGCCUUGUUUUAUUUAAAACACUGUGAAAUAAAUGUUUCUCAAAAGCAUUUGUAAUUUUUAUAUUGUAUUUGGCGUGCUUGCUGUUAGACUGUAUCCCAAUCUUACACCACAUGUUGCUGAGUUAUUCAGACUCUAGUUGCAAAACAAAUCCAGCUCAUACUCACUAAUAUUUCAGUGAAUUAAAGUGUUCAGCUAUUUCCACACGUUUUACAUAGGGUAUGUUUAUAUCCAAAAAGCCAAAAAUUUGUUUCCGAUUGAACUUUCACGUGUGUGUGUGUGCGUGUGUGCGUGCGUGCGUAAGGUGAGGGCGGGGGGGGGGGGGGGGGUAGGCGGGAGAGAGAGUGGAGAGUAGUUGUUUUCAGUGUUUUGUUUUGUUUUAUUUGUGUUGUUUUGUUUCGAUUCCGGGCAAAUAAACUGUGACAUGGGAGUAAGAGUUGGUAACCAAGAACCAGAGGAACAUAUUGCUUGUAUGUUAUCCACAGGAAAUUUUAAAAUUAUAAUAUCAUACAAAACAAACUGUGUAAAUGUGAAUACAAAUAUUGUUGUAAUGUUUUUAAAGAAAUAUGCAGGUAGAGACUUCAUUGCAAGCAGAAGGAAAUUUGAGAUUAGAUUUUGAACUUGCAGUUAAACUUUUAUGCAGCAGCUUCCAUCAGAAUGUUAAUGUUUUCUAUUCAGUUCCCAAAGAGGUAAAUGUUUAAGUAAAGGAUGUGGGAAACAAGCUGUCAGAGGUGUUUUGUAAUUUAGAUCCAUUUCAUACUUGCAGUAAUAAUGUACACAUAAUAUUCCUAUGAUUAAAAGACAGAUUUAUUUGAAAUAUUUGUCUCGUGUAUGUUGUAUUAGUUUCAUUUUCUUGCACUUUAUGUUGCCAGUUUUUGCUGUGGAGAAGCCAAAGAAUUUUUAAAUUGCAUAUUUGAUGAGUUUGAAAGUAACAAGAAAGUGAAAACAAACUGUACAUGUAAAAUGACUAUUCGUAACAGUAAAUGAUAGUAAUAAAAAUAUAUGUGCCAGUAUUAUAAUGCAGUAGCUAACUUAUUUUUUAAAGUUGUGCCACCGUUGUGGUAAUGUUGAAUAAAAGUAGUUUCUCUAACAACUGACAAAUUAUUCUUGUGGAAUGUCAUGACUGCUUUCAAAAGAGCUUUAGGUCCUUGUUAAAUGAUCCUUUGGGCAAAGUAGCCUACAUAAUAGUGAACAAUGUAGCUAAUUCAUAGAUUCAGCAGUUCCCCAGAUCUUGGUAGAAACAUAUUUCUUUGUUAUUUUUAUUUUUUUUAUUUAUAAGAGUUAUUUUACCCACAUUGAUAGUUCCUUCAUGUACUUAUUUAAAAAAAAAUUGUGCUUAAUCUUGUGUAUACGAUGAAAAAUAAUUGAGUGGCUGUAUAGUCUUACCUUCUGAUAUUUGUCUGUAAAUGUGUACAUUUUUUAACCAUUUUUUGGUACAGUUUGUUUCUGCAACAAUUUUAUAGAUGGAUGUUAAAUGUAAAUUGAGUCUUCAUUAUUUUCAUAUAUGUAAAUUUGUAACUUGUAUAUAUCAUUAGCAAUGGUUUACAGAAUUUAAAAUGUCUGUCGAGCCAUUGCAUUUCAAUUCCAUAUUAUUUAUGUUUUUGUGCAGUAACAUAAAGUCGGAGUGUUCACUUAAUGUACAGGUGCAGAAAGCACAGAAAUUGUUUCUACUCAUUGAUAUUUUGUACAUUUUGUAUGAAGCUGUGAACCUACUAUCCAAUUUCUCUUGUAAAAUAAGAAAAUAUGUUGAAUCCAGUAAACAUUUGAUACAGAUA